GAGAGUUUUAACUCACAUUCCUGUAUGACACUGCAAGGCAAAAAGAAAAAUUUAAACAGUUUACAAAAGAAUACAAGACAUCCCAAUUAUGGCACCAAAAAAGAAGCUAAAAGAAUUGCAGAAACUCUACGCUGAGCGUUGGAAUUAUCCGCCUGCCCAAAAGCCAACUAAGAUUAAGUAUAUAGCUUGUGGUGAGAAUCCAAUUUAUGAUAAGAAGAGCGUCUAUACUGCCUGCUGGAAGUCACCGGGCAUGACAGCUAAUGUGCAGUUUGGUCCCUGUUGGGAUUAUCCGCCUGAGCGCUACAAACGCUACCCACUUCCGCCACCUUGUCGUGGCGCCACGCUGCCAAAGAACAGUCUCUUGCCCAAAUUUGAACAAUGUGAAACGCUUUACACACGCUACGAUUAUCGUCUGGAAGAAUGUGUGCAUCAGCAGAUACUUUUGAUAGAGGGUAAGCUUAGGAGUUUGGAGACUCAGUUGACCCAGUGCAAAGAGCAACAAAUAAAGCUGGCAAAGCAGAUGCGUUACCAGGCCAUAAGACGACGUCUGCUCUUUGGCUCCGCCUGUGGCUAUAAGAUCUAUCCGGAGUACUUAAGUCAGCUGGCUGAAGAGCGUGCGCUUUGCGAGUUCCAAAAGGCAUACAACGAGAUCAAUGCCAGCAACUCUCAGUUGGCGGAUGAAGUACUCGGCAUACGUGAGGACAUGGCAGAGCUGCGUGUGCGCUUGGAUAAGUUGGAUAGGACGCUAGAGAGUCCGUUUCUUAUGGGCUUGGAGACGGUGCUGCAAACCAUACAGGAUCUUUACGAUUAUUUCUUGGAAGUGGUGCGUAAGUUCAAGACCUGGGCGCAGUUAAUCGAUGCUGGCCAGGAGCAUUCCAUAGACGAUUACUUGGCCUUGCUGCGCAACAAUCUGGACUUUGAGAGCUUCAAGAGUGCCGGCGUUGAGCAUUGUAGCUGCAAACGUUGUCGCAAUAAGAAUCCACUGGAUCCAUAUUUGCCCUGUUGGUGCCAGGGAUGCGAUCGACGGGAUAAAAACAUUCAGCUGGUGUGGGACAACCAAGUUGAACCCAAUCGGACCACAAUACCUCAAAGGACGAGCGACAGUGACUAUGUGCCAAAGCCAAGUGACACCUCUCCGCCACAAGCCAGCGUGGAUAAGUCAAGUGAUGAUGCAAAGUUCAAAUGAGUUUCUUAAGUUCGG